GGGGGAGGAUAUUAUUUCAGAAAGGGGUAUUAACACAGGGAUGGAGCUCGAGUCUUUUCAUCCCGGUCAGAAUAGCAUUUCCAGAAAGGCCUCUGGACCAUUAUCCCAGUUAGUUCCUUUUGAGGAAUAAAGUAGCGAGAGGAGAACAUUUUAUGCAAUCCAGUGGGGAUUUCGCAAGAAAGGAGCAGAAAAAGCGAGAUCUUUUUUCUCACCUCCUGACUUCGCAGCUGUCAGCUGGAGUUGUCCGUGUCACGGAUCCUUGGGGGUGGGAAGCUGGAAGGCUGAAGCUGUGUGUGAUGGCAGUGCUGUGAGGGCAGCGGGGAGGCAGGUGUGGCCUCAGUGCAGCUGGAUGUGAACCACCCCUGCAGCCCCCGGACGGUGCAGUGCAGGACAGGCAUGGCUGCAUGGGAGGGACUGCAGAAGGGAGCUGUGGGAACGACUGGGCUGUUCUGUUCAGUUUGAACAGUUUAUUUGUAUUAACUGAGUAGGCAGUGACCACAAGGAGUGCGAGUGCUGCGCCUGCUGGUAUUUGGAGGCUGUAAAAAAAGAAAAGACAACUUGGGAUAAACAUAAUUAGGGGGAAGUUUGUCUCCUCUGUUGGGCUGAAUGCACAGAUGUGCUGUGCAUGGUGCUGUGGAGGUCGGGUGCAGAUCAGCACUGCAGAGCGACGUGCACUGAGAGCGGUGGGAAGACGAUGCAGAAGCAGAACCCCAGCAUGGAGGAACAAGAUGGAAAUGCGGUUAAACAAAAUAGCAGCAAAAGUAACCAGGGAGCAAGUCCCCGUUCCUGUGUACCACCCGACCCCCAGCCAGACCCGGCUGGCAACACAGCUGACAGAGGAAGAGCAAAUCCGAAUAGCGCAGAGGAUAGGCCUUAUCCAGCACCUACCGAAGGGAGUCUAUGAUCCUGGAAGAGACGGCUCCGAGAAGAAGAUCAGAGAAUGCGUUAUUUGUAUGAUGGACUUUGUGUAUGGGGACCCUAUCCGAUUUCUGCCCUGCAUGCACAUCUACCACCUGGACUGUAUAGAUGACUGGUUGAUGAGAUCCUUUACCUGUCCAUCCUGCAUGGAGCCAGUGGAUGCAGCACUGCUUUCAUCAUACGAGACUAACUGAGCCAGGGUUUCUCCGUGAACCUCCAAGGAGACCAUCCACUUCAAUGGGUUUGAUCCUUUUGUCAUUCAGCCCAAAGAGCCAGAAAUUAGGAAUUAAGGUCAUGCACAAAACAUACAUUUCCUAAUGAAUAAAAAAUACUCCUGAAUGGCUGCAAAUAUUGGGAAAAAAAGCAUAGUAUUUUAGAGACUAUAGAAAAAGUAGGUUGUUAUUUUUAAUGUAAAGCCUUGACCCACCAUUGUCUUUAAUGUUUGUUCUUACACCCAUAUAUAGGAAUUGUAAAGUGUUACAGCAACUGUAAAUGUUUAAACUGCGUGUAUCCAAUUUUAUUAGCAGUAAGAUAAGAGUAUUUUUUUUUCCCUAAAUAAAGUAACUUUUUUUUUUUCUGAUUCUUUUCACAAGUCCUGGCAUUUGGGUCAAGGCUUUAUUAAAAUCUACAUUUUAUAACACUGGCACAAAGAAAUAGUUUUAAGCUUGUUUGCACAGUUCUUUUUUUUCUCUUUCUUUCUUUUUUCUUUCCCUCCAUUGGAGAUGGAAUUCAUUGCCUUAGGUCUUUUUAAUAGUGUAUUGUUAUUGUUGGGCUGGCUCUAUGCUUGAAAACCAGUUUAUUUAUAACCUGUUACAAGUGCUAUAUUUUGUUUGCAGUUAGGAAUAUGCAGACUUCAAAGUGAUCUCCUAGCUUGUAAGCAAACUGAGAUGCAUUAUCCCUUUUCUGCAAGUGCUGUUGAAUAUGAAGAUACAGAACAGGUCCUGCAACUGAAAUGAUGGUAUCAUGGUUUUUAGAACUCACUUCGGUUUGGACAAAACAAAUCCUUACACUUGGAUGCCUACUUGAACUUGAUCAAGGUAAAAGUGGGCCAGAUGCACAAUAAACAGUGAAGCUACAGUAAUUGGAAAAAAAAAUUGGAACUAAUAUAGCGUUAGCAGCCAUCACUUAUUUUACCCUUUUUCCCCCUAAAAAAUGGUUGUCUUGAAUUGCAGCAAAUGGAUACCGCAUCUCUUGUUCUUGUAGUUCUUAGGUUUCAGAAGUUAAGAAUAAACAUACUGUAUCUCAGUCUCCUGUAUUACAUGUAUCUGUUAAGCCCUGCUGGCUGACACGUCAGUCCACCAAGCAGAUAAGAAAUCUUAUCAAGCAGAGAAAAAAUAUUUUGUUCUGUGCGUAAACGUUCAUACAAACGCAGACUGUCACAGCAGCAGUGGAGGGGGAAAAGAGUACUGCUGUGGCCCGAGUGACACCAUUAGCUCAUUUCUGCAGCAAAAUUACGUGCUUCUUAAGAGGUGGUCUCGCAAGAGAUUGUAGCUGUAAAGAACUUUUAUCCACUUAGCAUGGUUUUUUUUUUUUCCUUUCUCUUUCUUAAUGUACCCUGCAGUGACUUGUAUACAUCCAGCGCAGCGCUGACACAUUGGGAAGUCUCGGUCUUGCAGAGUGAGAUGCAAUCUCACGUUAACCACAACAAAUCAGGGAACGUUCUUGAUUGUUUUUCACGUGCAGUUUGAGUACUCGUUCUAUCAAGUUGUGUUUAAAGACCCAAGUACUUUGACCUUGUGUAUCGACCAGCUACGACUGUGCAUGGCAUGGAUACUUUGUGAUGGGUUGGUCAGCAAAACGUAGAACCAACACGUUGAUUUAUUUAUUAUUCCUGUAGCUGAUAGCAACCUGCUCUCUUACUGAAGAAUUCCAAGUUGCAGUUGGAAACAACUCAAAGCAGUCUACAGUCCUACAUUCACUCAAAUUCUACAGAUUUGCCUGGACACGAUUUUGUGCUUAACUCAUACAUACCUACUUACACGGAGCAAAAUCGGGGCGGACAGACCUGAAGUUGUGCAAUAUUUUUCAGUGCAAAAUAAUUGUUCCUUUUCAUCAUUCCAUGUGUGUUCCUUUGUGUCCUCUUUUGUCUGGUUGGGGUGUUUGUUCUUCGUUUGGGGGGUUCCUAAUUUUUUUCCUCUCUCUCUCUUUUUUUUUUUUUUUACAUAAAACAAUGUCCACUUUAAGUAUUAGUUAUUUUAUCUUGUUAAAACUGGCAAAUGAACAAUUUUAAAAAGCA